AGUUAGACUCCAUGUCCUCUCCCUCCUCCCCGCUGCUCUUUCUCCAGUUUGUAGGUGGGAUGCUCUGAGCUGCAGGGUUGAGUUUGCGCGGGGCUCGGAUACUGAUUCAGCAUGAAGCGCUUCCUUCAAUUACCUGGCGUUGCUUUGCUUCGACAAAAGAGAGUAAAACAAAUAGGAUCUCCGAAGUGAAUCUUUCACGUGUUCGUGCAUUUUUUAAAAAAGGGAUUUAAAUGUCUUUCUCGUUGCAUUCUAAAAAAGGGAUCAAAGGAUAGAGAGCGUUGCAAACACUCCUCUGGCGUCUGCAAACAGGUGUUCUCAUCCUCAGGUUUGGCACCAGAGCGCCAUUCACGACUAUCUGCCUGUCUGAUAACCAUGUGCGCGCGGCCGCGUAGUUCAGGUGGGAUAAUGCAAAACCGCUGACAGAGACUGGGUUGUACUCAUUGUCAUACAAAGAAAAAUGAUACCGGUGGAGAAAGACGCAACGUGCUUUGGUGAAAGUAUCUCGGGUGGAAUGUGUAUUUUCUAUUUUUCAUUAUAUUCCCUUCUGUUCUUGGAGAUAAACGUUCUGAAUGACGACUAAAGUGAAUUAAAAUGGUCUUGCUGGACACUAUCUAAGCUUACUGGCAUUACUACGUUACUGGAACGGCUCAUUCCACAAUUUGGUGCACUUUUCAGGUCUUUUUACGCAUUUUAGCGGUCGCCCCAGAUUGUUUCUGCUGCACUUGGACGUUUACCUUCGGAGUCAGUUUCCCGGGCUGAUUACAUUCACGCGUUUCGGGAAGUUUUUUCCGCUGCCAAACUGGCUAUGGCGGCGGCUAUUGCCAGCUCCCUCAUAAGGCAAAAGAGGCAGGCGAGGGAGCGGGAGAAGUCUAAUGCCUGCCGCUGCGUUAGCAGCCCCAGUAAAACCAAAGGAAGCUGUGAAAAACCCAAUCGACUGAACGUUUUCUCACGGGUCAAACUCUUUGGUUCCAAGAAGAGGCGCAGGAGACGACCAGAGCCCCAGCUGAAGGGGAUUGUAACAAAGCUGUACAGUCGUCAAGGCUUCCACCUGCAGCUGCAGGCAGAUGGAACCAUUGAUGGAACGAAGGAGGAGGACAGUGGUUACACUAUGUUUAACCUCAUACCAGUGGGACUCCGAGUGGUGGCCAUCCAAGGGGUGCAGACCAAACUCUAUCUGGCUAUGAACAGUGAAGGUUACCUCUACACAUCAGAACAUUUUACACCAGAGUGCAAAUUCAAGGAGUCAGUGUUUGAGAACUACUACGUGACGUACUCCUCUAUGAUAUACCGGCAGCAACAGUCGGGCAGGGGCUGGUACCUCGGUCUGAACAAGGAAGGAGAAAUCAUGAAGGGGAACCAUGUAAAAAAGAACAAGCCAGCAGCCCACUUCCUUCCCAAACCUCUAAAGGUGGCGAUGUACAGAGAGCCAUCCCUCCAUGACUUGACAGAGUUUUCCCGCUCUGGCAGCGGCACACCCACCAAGAGUCGGAGUGCCUCAGCUGUUCUCAACGGAGGCAAAGCCGUAAGCCAGAACGAGUCGACAUAGCCCGGUAGCCAAACCCAACCCUGGGCCCGAACAACGAAACCUUACCUCUUGCAGAGCGUGAAUCCAAGCAGACUUGUUUCUCCGAUCAGCGGUUCAGAACUAGUUACAGCAUCAAGCUACACAUAAACACUCAGAUGUCAUUAGUAAAAACUGUUAGGUAUCAUCACAAUCAGCCAUCAUCAAAACAGCAAAUAUAAAAUGAAACGUAACAGUACAUAGAUCACUUCUUAACUUGAAAAAAAAAUUUAUAAAGAUUUUGUUUUACCCUUAAGAUUUAUUUAUUAUCUUAGUUGCUCUCAUUUGGUUUUGACCACAUACCAAUUAGCUCAUCUUUGUCUAGUUUUCUUGUUAAUUUCAUUAACUUUUCUUGGGUCACGCAGACACUAAGCACUUGUGCAUCUGUCGGACAGACAGGAUGUUAGAUAUGAAGGUGUUCAGGGCAGCCAUUAAUGGUGCUGGUCCACACGGCUGCAGUGGUACAGUAAAGGCCCUUUCUGUCUCAUCCAUGCUUCUGUGAAUACAAAGCCUAUAAACUCCCUGGUAUGGUGCAGCCUUGUGCUACUGACCAGCCAGAUGGUAGCUCUCCUGCGUCCUAGUGCACACGCUCAGAGACUUGAGUUCUCUAGCAUGGGAAAAUGAAGCCUAUGUUUAACUGACCUGAUAUAUAAAGGACAGUGUGGCUCUCUUGCAUUUUUUUCUUUAUUUAAGAGAUGCCACAGCAGCAACUUGCUUUUUGCUAAUUUUCUGAAUUAGCUAAGAGCUUUUUAUUUGAUAACUGGUUGUUUUUGUCCCUCUUGUUCUCUUACCCUUUUCAUUGUUUAGUAUUUGUUUUAUUUUUUGCUUUGUUGUUUUUUUUUUUUUUUUUUUUUUGUUCACUACUGAUAUGGGUUCCAGCAAACCAAAGACAGAUAUAAAGAGUGUCCCUUUAAGCCGCUGAAAACCAAGCCAACAUAAAGACAACGUUGGAUUUUAUUUUCAUUUUUUCAUGUUGUACAUUUUUGAUGAAGGGAAGCAGUGAUUUUGUGGGGAAAAAAAUAAAAAGAAGAAUGGAUAAUGAACAUGAUUUUAGACACAUUGGUGUUGGCAGCAGGCUUGAUGUUGUGAUUUUGCUGAUAUGCUCAAUGAUGGAGGUAUGAAGCGACUAUUCAGUGUUCCCAUUCCCUUCUGUUAUCACUGUGUCACAAUGUCUCUAGUUCUUGUCCUUGUGAUCUGUUUCCUCCCUCUGUGCUUGUGUUAUACUUCAUUCCCCAAGACAUCAUUUUUUGUCAACUUCUACUGACUGAUAAAGCUCACCAUAGGAAUAUGGUGGAGGCCCCUUCCCAGGAUGCUUGUUAUGUGUUUGAGUAACUUAUCGUGGUGACAAUAUUUUCUAUAUAUAUACAUAAAAAAGAAUACUGUGGACUUUUAGGUGGCUUAACAUUUUAUAGGACAUGUCAUAUUUGUAAAAGUGAAAAAAAAAGACAAAAACAUACAAAAAUGAACAUCUUCCCUUUCUUGCACAGGGCAUGUACACAAAAAUGUACAAAAAUGACCCUUUUUGUGGGCUAUGUACUCUUCCCUUCAGCUACAUAACUUCUUUCUGGUACAUGCUUUGAGAGACUUUCUCUUCUUGGUUUCCUCUGGAGGUGGUUUGUAUUAAGUGAAUCUAUCUGUUGCAUGGGAGAAAGCAGGGAAAUACUGGACUAGAGCUGCAUGAUGUAGGCUUUGUGUAUUAACCCGUUGGAUCAUGUGUUCCAAACUACCAGGCUAAAUCUGAUAAAAAAAAAACAGCAUAUACCGACAGACACUGCAGCUGUCUGAUAACUUCCAGUUGUUUAUUAUUUGUUGUAUA